AUGGGCCUCACACUUGUUUCUCCUCCCCCGCUUCGCAAGCAGCGUCUCUCCCUGGCCAUCAGACGGAAGGUCGUACCAAAUCCCAAAGCUUAUACUGGCAUCACACUCACGGAGGACUGUCUACAGCUGAACAUAUGGAGCCCGCAAACGCGCACUAAAGACGUCGUUCCCGUGCUCGUUUGGAUCCACGGUGGUGGCUUCACCAGUGGUUCAUCUGCUCUAGACUGGUACAAUGGUGUCGUCCUUGCAGCCAGAACAGGUCUAGUAGUCGCGAGCUUCAACUACCGACUCAAUUUAUUGGGCUUUCUGGACGCGCAAACACCGCAGGCUCCCGGCAAUGUAGGUUUCCUCGACCAAAACUUGGCCCUGCAAUGGAUUCGUGCCAAUAUUGACCAGUAUGGAGGUGACGCUUCGAGAGUGACCAUCUUCGGAGACAGCGCAGGUGGGAUGAGCGUUCACGGCCACUUAAUCUCUCCCUUGAGCAGUGGACUCUUCACCAGAGGGUAUCUCAUGAGUGGCACCCUGCAUGGCCGUGACUUCUGUGAGCCAUCAAAUGACAGUAUAAGUAAGGAGACCUGGUAGCCAAAGCAGUAGGCUGU